AUUUCCUUCAGUUUCAUUUCUUCGUUUUAACGGUUCGGUUAGACCUGGAAAGGGAUUUCGCUUCGUUUUUGUUUUAAUUCAAUGAAUUCACAAAUUAAUUGAGACGCACACUAUUCUAACAGAGUCAGCAUUAUUAGGUUCACCAUGCACAUCCCUCUAUCAACAAUAACCACAUUUUACAUUCUUUUGGACUUUGCCGACAUUACGAUUGCUCAUAAUCGAGAUGAGUUAGAUUUAAUGUUUCGUCAAAGAACACGAUCGGAGUGGGAAAAAGCUUGGCAUGAGGAAAGCCACUCCCGUUGUCGUGAGAAAUUAGUCAAACAUUUGUACUGGGCGUGUGAAAAGGAUAUAUAUCGAAUUUCUCGGCGCAGUGACCAGGGAUUGAAACAGACACCGAAACAAGCUAGCAUUGAGCUACCUUGGUUGGAUGAUGCUUCUGCUAAGACAAUGUUACGCACGAGACGCAGUCGGCGACGCAUUACGGGUAGCGGUGGCAGUUCAAUCACGUCCGAAUGUUGCACAAAAACGGGAUGCACUUGGGAAGAGUAUGCCGAAUAUUGUCCGACCAACAAGCGGAUGAUAGCAGAUGCAAAAUAAGCAGUGUCAUAACCAUUUUUUCUCUGGAUAUUUAUCACCGUGAGCUGUAUUAACUUUACGCAAAAAAAAUAUAUUCUAUAAAUGUUUACGUAUU